CUGGGGCACACCCACAUCACAUGGCCGGAUACAUUUCGGUGGAGAAACCGGAAGCGCUACAGCAGGGAGAGGGAGCAAAAGAGAGAGAAGGAGGAUGGUGGAGUGAGACCGUGAAACCUUUGCCAUCUCUCAAAUCAGGACUGCACAUACCAUGGCUCGGAUGUGGGUAGCGCCAUGAGUGUGAAAGCUUUUGAGCUGGUUCCCGCCGUGGGGCGGGAGCAGGUGAUGGGUGAUAAGGUGCGCAUUAACAUUGAAUGCAUAGAAUGCUGUGGUAAUCACCUGUACCUGGGCACCAAUGACUGCUUCAUACAUCACUUUCUACUAGAGGAGCACACGAAAGCCAAGGGAAAACUGGCAUACAAUGCCCAGAAGCUCCUCCAUAAAUACCUGGGCUUGAAAAAGCCAGUGCUAGAGCUGAAGGCCACCUCGGCUUUAGAACGUCUCAUUGUCCUUUGUGAUUCAACCAUCACUGUUGUGAACAUGGUUACACUGGAGCCUGUGCCCACCGGUGGCAUCAAACUAAAAAGUGUGACUGCGUUUUGUAUUAACGAGAACCCGGUGACAGGCGACCCGUUCUGCGUGGAAAUAGCGGUGGUGUCGGCACGCAGAAGGGCGGUUCAGAUCUGUUUGGUCUAUGAGGAUCGGGUGCAGAUGGUAAAGGAGGUAACCACAUCGGAGCAGCCAUGUGCCCUGAGCUUGGAUGGGUACUUUAUCUGUCUGGCCCUAUCUACACAGUACAUGAUUCUGAACUACAACACUGGAGCAUCCCAGGAACUUUUCCCUUACAACUGUGAGGAGAGGAGACCCAUUGUCAAAAGGAUCGGCCGGGAAGAGUUUCUCCUGGCAGCCCCAGGAGGGCUUGGAAUGUUUGCUAACGCCGAGGGCAUAUCGCAGCGGGCACCGGUGAGCUGGUCAGAGAAUGUGAUCGCGGCAGCUGUGUGCUUUCCAUACGUGGUCGCCCUGGAUGAAGGUUUCGUGACCGUUCACAGCAUGUUGGACCAGCAGCUCAAACAAACGCUGUCUUUCAGAGAUGGACACCUCCUGCAGGAUUUUGAAGGUAAGGUGGUCUUGGCCUCUACAAAGGCGGUGUAUAUACUUGUGCCUCUUCCUCUAGAGCGUCAGAUCCAAGACCUGUUAGCAAGCCAUCGAGUCGAGGAAGCGAUGACUCUUACGGAGGCCGCGCAGAGAAACAUUCCCAAAGAAAAGUAUCAGAAAUUGCACAAACGAAUUCUCCAGCAAGCAGGAUUCAUCCAUUUUGGCCAGCUUCGAUUUUUAGAAGCGAAAGAACAUUUUAGGAAGGGGCAGUUGGACGUACGAGAACUGAUCUCUCUGUAUCCGCUUCUCCUGCCUGCAUCUUCCUCCUUCACGCGUUGCCAUCCACCUCUUCACGAAUUCGCUGACCUGAACCACCUGACACAAGGGGACAAGGAGAAAGUGCAGCAUUUCAAACGUUUCCUCAUCAGCUACCUGCACGAGGUACGCAGCUGCGACAGCGCUAACGGUUGUAGAGAAGACGUGGAUACGGCGUUGUUAAAGCUUUAUGCCGAGACAGGCCACGAGAGCCUUCUGGAUUUGUUGGCCUCCGAUAACGCUUGCCUUCUUGCAGACAGCGCCCCCUGGCUGGAGAAGCAUCACAAGUAUUUUGCUCUUGGGCUUCUGUAUCACUACAACAGCCAAGAUUCUGCUGCUUUACAGAUGUGGAUUAAGAUUGUCAACGGUGAUCUUCAGGACUCAACACGGACCGAUCUGUUUGAAUAUAUUGUGGAUUUUCUUAUUUUUUGUUCCAACCCUGACCUUGUGUGGCGGCAUGCAGACUGGGCCCUACAGAAAGAUCAAAAGAUUGGCGUCCAUAUCUUCACCAGAAGGCCAGUUUCUGAGGACAAGAUGGGACGGCUAAACCCAGAUGACGUGAUCACGUAUUUGCAGAAGCACAAGCAAGCCCUUCUGCUGUACCUGGAACACCUAGUACUAGAGAAGAAACUACAGAAAGAGAAGUAUCACACAGAUCUGGCUGUGCUGUAUGUAGACCAAGUUCUCAGCCUGACCUCACAACCAUCUGCCACCAAUGAGCAACUGUCCGCCACUCGACAGAAACUUCAACGGUUACUGAAGGAGUCCAGUCUGUACCAAGUCCGUCUAUUACUCAGUAAAAUCCAGGACUCUGAGCUGCUGCUAGCCGAACGAGCUACACUACAUGGGAAGUUAGAGGAACAUGACAAAGCUUUGCACAUUUUAGUGCACCAGCUCAAAGACUCGCCUGCAGCUGAGGAAUAUUGCUCAUGGGCUUCUGGCUCCCAAGACCAGGUGUACCGCCAGAACCUUUUUCACCAACUUUUGAGCAUUUACUUGGACCCCGAUGUACCAGGAGGACCACAAACCAUAGCCGCUGUUGACUUGCUUAACCGGCACGCUGAAGAUUUUGAUGCGGUGCGAGUGUUGGAGCUCCUCCCGGGGGAGUGGUCUCUACCGCUACUCCGUCCUUUUCUUUGUGGGACAGUAAGGGCCAGUGUGCAUGCACGGUAUACCUCACAGGUUGCAGUGCGAUUGGCCCGUGCAGAAAAUAUCCAGCUUAAACAUGACAGGCUGAAGUAUCGAGGUGGUCCAAUAGUAGUUUCUGAAAAGAAGGGGUGCCGGCUCUGCCACAACACCUUUAGUGAACCAGACUGUGUAUGCCUACCUGGCGGAACCCCUGUUCAUAUUCACUGUGUGACUAAAAAAGCCCAGGUCUUGCCAGCUGAGCGGCCACAGGAAAGUGCGCACUACAGUAAUCACACAUGAAACUAAUGGAUAUUUUGGGGGCUGUCUACUGAUUCUGGUGUAGCACAUGUAGCGCACAAGGGCUCUUGUCCAGAGCCCGAUCAAGAGCGCUCCGUAUGACCAGGACCUUGCUAUACAAAUCUGUUUGUAUGCUUGUGAAGAAGUCAGUUUGUGAAUGAGCACGCGUGAGAAACUAUUUGUUCUGUUGUCCCUCUGUGUGUGAACGCAACACUGAUGAUGAAUAUGAGUGAUCGUACGUUUUAAUGAACAUCAAACUAAAAGUUUAACUACUAUUGUGUCUUGUUUAGUCUUUUUGUUAUCAUAGCCUUACAGUGGCUGGUUGAGUGGCUCUUUUGAAAUCCUUUACUUUUAAAUGGGUAAAAAUGCAUUGUAAAUUCAAAAUUCAUUGGCUGAAGAUGUGAUAUCUUUGCUAAAAAUUAACUAUGGUUUGCCAUAGUUCUUCCAACACGCAGAAUGAACAAAAAUGUGUCUGAAUACACUAAAAAGAAAGGAUACUGGCCUGCAGUUUUCAUCAAACCCCAAAGUUACUUUGUACUGAAAAUGACCGGUUAUAGCCUUACCUGAAUGCUUGUGCUUUUGUCAUGGUGUAUUAUAUAUAUAUAUAUAUAUAUGGGAGGAAUGGUAAUAUUUCAUUAUGAAAUAUCAUAAGGAAGAUAGCGAAGUUACACCACAGUCUUAUGGAAACUUUUCCUCAAAGUGUAUGAAAAUGUGCAAUACCCAAAAAUGGAUGGUCUCAUGUUGGUCUUCAUGGCUCCUGAGCCGGAGGGUUAAUUUGGCUUGUUAUUCCCUUUCGAAGUUUAAGAUACCAAGUAAUAUUUGUCAUUGUCAUACCGUGUUCAAUCAAACUAAACUGAUUGACACAGGAUGUUGUGUUUGUAUACACGUUAGACUUGGAUGCUUGGAUUGCUUGCUACAUCUCAUAUAUGCAUGUGGUGAUGUGGGCAUGGUUGCUUUUUCUCUCAAGAAUGCUAAACUGUGAUUAACUUUUUGAUUACAAUUUUUUUUAUGUAAGAAAUUAAAUUUUUUAAGGUAAGCAAGGGUUAUAGAUGUCUUUUGCAUAAAAUAAACAUAACCUCAUACUUGGGAAAAUCUUUUUUUUUAGAUUUACAGCAUUGUGCAGAUGAGGGAAGGGUUUUUUGAAAUGUUGAAGGGUUGGCAGAAUUGGUUAGUGCAAAAGUGAUGAAAAGCACACUGCCUCCUUAAACUAAAAAGACGUCGACCAGGACUGAUCAGGGAACAGUUUAAUAAGCUGUCACCUUUAACUUAAGACAAUGGGAGAUGUGAGAACUAGGGAUGGAACUUUAUGCUAAACUGUCUUACUUUAUUCUCACCCCUCAAUAUAAAAAAUACUACAAUACUUUGAGUGUUGUACAUUGUUGUGGACCCUUUACAAGUUAAUAUGGCAUAUAAAUCUUGACAUGUCUGUGUAGUAACAUUUUUAUUUAAAUUUGCAAAUAUUCAAUCCCAACUGUUUCUCGUGCAACAAAUUCUUCCAUUCCAUAACUGUCUACAGAGAAUCUUAAUAGUUUAUUCAGUUUAAGCGAUUGUAAUGAAAAUCUUACAUUGCUACAUAUCUUUAUAUCCACUGAAGUAUUUUAUAUAUACACAGUAACUGGUGUGUACAUACUGUAUUAAUACUAUGUGUUGCUUUGUAAAUCAAUGCCAACGUGGAUGAAAUGUACAGAAUGUAAAGAUGUCCAUUUUAAUAAACAAUACUAUGCUUA